UCAGUUUGGUUCACACAAAGAACAAGAGAUGCACCGGAUGCAUUCCUAUGCCAUUUUAAAUUCCGAGGGAUUAUUAUAUCAUGAUCGUAAACUUCACUGCAAGGUGGAAUCAGAAGUACAGAUGAACUCUGUUAAUUACACUCAAAUCAUGCAACAUGCAAUGUUGGAAGUUGAUUAGUACUGGGUGCGAGCAUUAAAGUGGAUGUCAUCUCUCUCCCAUCUUCAGUCUCUCUCAACAUGAAAUAAAGAGGUGAAAGAAACACGACCGGACGAGACAUUAAGAAUGAAACGAGGUUGGUGGUCCUUCCGACUCUUCAUCUUCAACCAGUACUCUGCACUUCACACUGCCCUUUGCUUCUCUGUGCCCUCCCUAUUCCCACACAAAAUUGCACAGGCCAAAAUUUGCCUGAAAGAGAAGUACAAGAAACCUAUUCGUUUCAUCGCAAUCAUCCCCUGCUCUCUUAUAUAAAGAACCACUCCCACAAACUCUUGAGCGCCACCAACAGUACAAUAGCCCCAGAGCCAACAUAAACUGUCCAGAAAAUAAUCAUGAGGUCACUUUGUCGUGUCUUCUUCUGCUGCGCCAUGCUGUUGUUGCUCCUAGUCCCACCAUCCAACUGUGUGAAGCAUUCAGACCCUCCCGGUUUCUUCCUGCAUUCAUCGAAAGAAGGUCUCAACCAGUCCAGUGCAGAGGCCAGAGCUUCAAAAAUGGCAGUUUCCACUUCCAGCCACAGAAAGGGUUUGCCACAUGGAUCAGCAUCAUCAUCACUGUGCAAAAGCAGAGACAUAAGCAUCUCGCAGAGCAGAGACUCGUCGUCCUCGGGGAUACCACAGUUCAUUGUCCAAAUCAUGAACACCUGCACCGUGCCUCGCUGCUCGCCUACGGGCAUUCACCUCCACUGCGGCUGGUUUGCCUCGGCCAGGAUGGUGAACCCGAGGAGCUUCAAGAGGCUCGCUUACGACGAUUGCCUCGUGAACGGAGGCGAGGCCUUGAAGCCCAGCCAGAUCGUCCGCUUCACUUACUCCAACUCCUUCAUGUACCCUCUCGCCUUCAAGUUUGCCAAGUUUUGCUGAGCUCACAAUCUCACAGAGAGAGAGAGUGAGAGAUUCAUCAGCGACUAAGUAUAGUGUUGAUUCUGAUUUUUGAUCUUUUGGUUCAUACGAAAUUUAACUUCUCUAGGAGUGCUGACACGGGUGUGUGCGCAAGUAAGUUUGAGGAUUACUUGUGGAAUGAUUUGGUUAUGCUGAUGUUCUAAACUGCGCAUUUUGAAGAAGAGAUUUUUAUUGCCUUGGUCAA